CGGAGUGAACGGAAGCAUGAAACAGCAUGGCCACCUUGUGACAGAAAUGUUUACUUACUUUGCUUAAUUUUCUGUGAAACACGAGUACCGGAGGUAGAAGUGCACUUAUUUGCUGUAAAUUAGCCCAGUCUGUCUGUUUACUGUACAGACCCUCCGUUUCGGUAUGGACCGUCCAGCACCGACAGCAGAAUACAGCAGAGCAGCGAAUGGACCUCCAACACCUGAAGCGGCUUGUUGUGUUCGCUGCUCCGGUGGAGGUGUAAUCCCGCGGCUCUACCGGGACGAGAUGGUACAAAUUGUCAAACUAGCUGCUCCAGUGGUCAUUUCCCAGCUGAUGGUGUUUCUGAUAGGUAUCAUCAGCAUAGUGUACUGUGGUCACAUGGGAAAAACAGAACUAGCAGCUGUAUCACUCGCAAAUGCGGUGGUUUACAUCGCUGGUAUUUCCAUUGGCACUGGUUUAUCAUCAACUUGUGAUACCCUCAUAUCUCAGACGUAUGGGAGCGGUAACUUGAAGCGCGUGGGUGUGAUUCUCCAGAGGGGGAUUCUUAUACUACUGCUGGGCUGUUUCCCCUGCUGGGCCGUCCUCAUCCACACUGAACCUCUCCUACUUGCUAUCAAACAGAGCCCAGAGGUCGCCAGUCUCUCCCAGCUGUAUGUGAAGAUCUUUAUGCCUGCUUUGCCGGCUACUUUUAUUUACCAGCUGCAAGGGAAGUAUCUUCAAAAUCAGGGAAUUAUGUGGCCCCAGGUUAUAACUGGAGUGGUUGGAAAUGUGCUGAAUGCUCUCAUCAACUACAUCUUCCUUUAUCCUCUGGAGCUGGGUGUCGCUGGAUCUGCACUAGCCAAUGCUAUCUCACAGUAUUCGCUGGCUUUGUUAUUAUUCAUUUACAUCUACUGGAGGGGUCUGCACAAAGCCACUUGGGGAGGCUGGUCAAUUGACUGUCUGCACGAAUGGGGUGACUUUGUGAGACUGGCCAUUCCCAGCAUGUUUAUGAUUUGUCUGGCGUGGUGGACGUUCGAAAUAGGAGGAUUUCUGGCUGGUCUGAUAAGCGAGGUUGAGCUGGGCGCUCAGGCCAUAGUGUACCAGCUGAGCACUAUAGCUUACAUGGCCCCACUAGGAUUCACAGUUGCUGCCACAGUACGCGUUGGGAAUGCUCUUGGUGCAGGAAACGUAGAGCAGGCCAAGCUGUCCUGCAAAGUUCCCAUCAUAUGUACAUUCACAGUCGCAUGUGUUGUUGGAGCCAGUCUAAGCAUCAGCAGAAAUGUCAUUGGAUACAUUUUCACCACAGAGCAAGACAUUCUUCAGAGGGUUGGUGAGGUCAUGCCUCUAUUAGGUUUCUUGCAUAUUGCCGACGCCACUUCGGGAGUAGCUUCAGGUGUUCUUAGAGGAGCAGGGAAACCAUUGUUUGGUGCUCUGUGUAACCUGGUGGGAUUCUACAUCAUUGGUUUACCUACUGGUGUGUCCCUGAUGUUUGCAGCAAACAUGGGCAUUGUGGGGCUGUGGACAGGACUUGUCAUUUGUGUGACACUGCAGUGUAUUGUUUUUAUCAUAUUUUUGUACAAACUUGACUGGAAAAAGGCAGUUGAAGAGGCUAUUGUGAGAGCAGGAGUCCAGAAUGCAGAAGAAAAAGAGAAAGAGUUGGAGCAAACAGACUUGAAUCAGAAGCAGGCCUCGGUCACCACAACUACAUCCAGCUGUGUGAGUGCUGAGGAGGGGGGCACAGACCUAGAAGAGCAUGAUCCAGGCCACAGUCAACUACAAUCCACUACUACUACUACUACUACUACUACUACUGUGGGGGAUGUGCUGUCAGUGCCACAGCUGGUUUUACGGCGUGGCCUGGCGUUGUUAGUCAUGGUCGUCAUUCUUGUCGCUGGAAUCAUAAGCAGCGACUUACUGGUGAGGUUGUUAAAAGAAUAACACUAUUUUAUAAUGUCUAUAGUGAGAGAGGGCUGCUCAUCCUGUUCUGUGCAGCUUUCAAUCACUCUUAGCUUUAUUUUUAUAUGCUUUGUUUUAUUUUUGCCUUACUGGGCUGUGUAGUCGUUGUAGUUAAUCAAUUAUUACUCAAAGAGCCAGAGAGAACAAUAUAUAUUUUCUUAACUAUCAAACUAAACCAGGGACUGCAAUAAAUAGUGGGGUUACAGUUUUCUAAUGCAGCUACAUUGUACAAUCUGUCCUGUUUGCUUUGAUAUUCAAACACUAUGUCGUAAGCAAUAAUAUUAAGGUGCUGUACAUCUUGAGGUAUCAGAGUUCAUAAGCACAGAUACUGGACUGUGUGCUUUCUCACCUAUUAUCUGUUAAAUCAGAGUGAAACAUGUGGAUCAAAAUGAGUUUUUUGAUCCCAAAGAGCAGUCACUGUACGUCAUCUGAACUGUGACUAACGAAGUCUGCCUAUCAUUGCUGCAAUCGAUAGCUAGAAUUGGCAGGCCGUGCUGGUCAGCUGAUUGAUUCCAGAUGUACUCACACAUGUGGCUAAGCUGCCUUGAGCCCCUAUAUGCUUCAAACAUUUGGCACAAACUUACAGGGUAUGUGAGGCACUGUUAUUAUUAUAUAAAUCAUAUUAACAAUAUAUCCAUUUGAUGUUGUUUUUGGAUCAACAACAAAAAAACUGUUUUUGUGUGGACUGCCAUUUUUAUUUCCUGCCAUUUACUCCACCUGGGACACCCUACACUCUAAUCUUCCCUGCCAAAACACCUGAGAAUAGUAGAGAGGUGUUUCAUAAAGAAGGUUAGGUAAAGGGGGCUUUGUGAAAAGUCUGGCUGAGCCCAGAGGGUUUAAAUUGUUCUUUAAAGCCACCUAAGAGCUAAAGUGAUAAGACUAAUUAAAGCCUGUUUUCAGCUGUUAUAUGACUUGAAAACACAGUCUGAGACACCAAAUUCAGAAUUCCUCAAUACAUCAUAAAGCAAAAAUGAUGUAAAAAGAACAUUGUAGUGCCUGCAGGUAAAACAUGUAAUGAACAUAUAAUAUGAUGAAUGAAAUAUUAAAACACAUACUGAGAAAACAGGCCAAGAAUCAAACUAUAUGGUGACCAGAGUUUGACUUAUGUAAAGAUGACCUCUACUACUUUACCUUUCACUCAGUUUGUUUCAACUGCUUGUACCUCAUGUUAGGUUCAAGUGCAGCGUGAGUGUGAAGAUUAUUUCUGUGUCAUGACUGUUGAAAAUUAAUUAGCAUUUUCUCGAAUUUAAGUCUCUGUCAGUUGGAUCUUUGGUGUGCAAAAGUGACAAAACAGUUUCCAUGUGGUUGAAAUGUUUAAAUAUAUGAUGACAUUGUGUUUUUUUUACUUUCAAUAAAAGGAUUUUUGAAUGUCUAUUGCAUU